AGAUUAUAAAAACAAAUUAUUUUGAUGCCGCCACCUAUAAUUCACUACAUAUAUCAACAUAAUGGAUUUACAUACAAUAUCAACAGAUGGCAGCAUCAGUGGCACUAGCAUUAGCAAUAACAACAAUAAUAAUAACAAUAAUAACAAUAAUUCAUCAGAUUAUACGAAUCGAACAGCACCAAUAUAUUCAAUUAAACCGGAUUUUAUAACACAAUGGAAAAUCAAAAAAGAGAAAGAAACCAUCUGCAAAUCAUUAUAUCAUCGUUUGUUAGAAUAUCCAGAAUGCCAGGAAAUACUCGGUUUACCAUUUUAUCAUCCAUUAUUCGACGGUGAAGUGAAUCCAGUUCCAUCAUUUGAUGAAUUUUAUAGAAAUUUUAGCAGUUAUAAUAUAACUAACGAAACACAAUAUAGUAGCACUGAGAUACCGAUUCAAGUGCUGCCACCAUUUGAAUUGUGGCAAACAAUAUUAAUAGCAAUUUGUUUAGCUCUUUGUAUAAUAUUAACAGUUGGUGGUAAUAUUUUGGUAUUAUUAGCUUUUAUUGUUGAUCGAAGUAUUCGACAACCUUCAAAUUAUUUUAUAGCAUCAUUAGCUGCAACUGAUAUGCUAAUUGGCACAGUAUCAAUGCCAUUUUACACGGUAUACGUUCUUAUGGGAUAUUGGGAUUUAGGACCGUUAUUAUGUGACUUAUGGUUAUCGGUUGAUUAUACUGUUUGUUUAGUAUCACAAUAUACAGUUCUAUUAAUAACAAUAGAUCGAUUUUGUUCUGUUAAAAUUGCUGCAAAAUAUCGUAGUUGGAGAACAAAACAAAAAGUUAUAUGGAUGGUGACAAUAACUUGGAUAAUACCAGCAUUAUUAUUUUUUAUAUCAAUUUUUGGUUGGGAACAUUUUACUGGAAAACGCGAUUUACUGCCAGGUCAAUGUGCUGUACAAUUUUUAAAGGAUCCUGUUUUUAAUACAGCUUUGAUAAUAGGUUAUUAUUGGACAACAUUAGUUGUUUUAUUUAUAUUAUAUGGUGGUAUAUAUAAAACAGCAUAUGAUAUGCAAAAACGUAGUGAAGCAAAACAACGUAAAAUGCAAUCUAUGGUUGCAUUAAGUGCAGGUGCAAUGAGUGGGAUGGCUGGUCGAGCAGCUGGAAUAGGUAUAGAAAAUAAUAAAACAACAUGUGAUAAUAAAACAAAUCAAUUAAUGAAUUCCACAGCUCAAGUAUCUUCUGUAGUUCCUCAAUCAAAUGUUACAUCGUCUUCAUCAUCGAAUCAAAUAAACGAAGCAGCACAGGGACAAAAUAAUCAACCGGGUUCAGAUCAACGUAAAUUAUCGUCUGGAAAUAAAAAUCAAUUAUAUGAAAGAAAGUCUUCGGCUGGUAAAAUUAAAACUACCACACAACAACAGCAACAGCAGUCACAACAACCCGAUAGUGAAAAAAGUGAGCGUUCAAGUAGCCCCGCUUUUGAUUCUGAUGAGGAAAGCUCAGUUAAUCAAACCCAAAAAGAAAAAGAAGCUUUGCAAAAACAGCAAAUCCAAAUGAUUCGCAAACGUUCAUCAAUAGGUUUAGUAUUUGGCGCUCAAGCAGCUCUUAUAGCUACUCGAAGUAAUGGUAACAUCCACCUAAAAUCCCAAUCAAAUUCCAUUGAAAGUUUAACAGGCCUAUCAUCAACAAUUCAACCGCCAUCACGAUCAAGUUCACAUGCAUUAUCCCCAAAAUCACCAUGCAAUCGAAAAGUAUCAGAUUCAACCCCCCUAUUCCAAAUACAAGAACAUCUCCAAACGAAACAUGCAAGUUUACUAGACCAAGAUGUACCCAAUCAACUAAAUGAAACAUUAAAUCAAGUAGAACCAUUAAAACCUACCCCUAUUCAAUCACCUAUUUCACCUAAAGAUAUAGAUCCACCUCCCACACCAUUGCCCUCACGUACUACAAAUAAACAACAAAAAGCACUUGUUAAAAUUGCACAAAAUUCUAAAGUACCCCCGCCAGCAGGUUUUCAGGAUAGUCCACCUGUAUCAGAUUCCUCACCGCCAACUUCAUCGCGAUCGGAAAAAAUUGGUCGCAGUACGUAUAGUGACCUAACAAUGACCUAUGAUAUACUAGGCGGAAUGGAUGGUGCUGAUUUACGUUUUAUGGAUGAAAGUUCAAUUGCAAUAUCAUCACCACAAAAUGAAGGCGGCCCAUCAAUAACAAUCAAUUACCCACAACCACCACCUAGAAAUAUUUCUGAUGCUAAUCAGUCAGUCGCAACAAAUCCAUCCUUAUUACAAAAAGCCCUUAUACGUGCCACUGCAAAAUCCCAACAACCUUCACCUAAGGUCCUUUUAAAUCAAGAUGAUAUUCAAGUCAAUUCUUUAUCUUCAAUAGAGCAUCAAGAAGAACUGAGACGUGCUUCAGCUGAUCAAAUAAGACGACAACAACAAUUAAAGCAGGAAGAAAUCAGACGUGCAUCAGCUGAUCAAAUAAGACGUCAACAACAACAGCAGCAACAACCAAUUCAACCCAUCAUUAUUAAUAAAUUUAAUACGACUGUAAGUUUAACUGAUUGUAAUAAUGAUAAAUCAGUCAAAACAAUUUUAACCUCACCGGACGCACAAGUCAAAACAAAUUUAGAUGAAAUACAAACAGUUAAUGUAGCUAUAAAAAAUAAUAACAAUCAAAGUGAUUCAGUAAAAAAUCAACUAAAUAAUAUUUGCCCCACAAAUUUAACAGAUGGGUCAACUAAAACGACAAUAAUAACAACAUCAAACGCAAUUACAACAGUAACUACAACUACAACUGAUAACUAUGAUAAUGGUAUAACAGAUGGUGUUACAACAAUAAUUACAACAUCUGUUACAUGUUCUGAUCAAUCAAAUCAAAAUCAACAGCAGCUGCAACAACAAGAAACAUUAGAUUUCCAACAACAGCAACCGCAAUUAAAUCAGUUGCAAGACAAUAGUAUUUGUAAUAGUUUUAAUAACAAUAAUAAUAUUAAUAACAGUAACACUAAUAAUAAAAAAGAUUCAACACGACGAGAUUUUAUUAGAUCAAUAGGUAAACGAUUAAAAGGUAAGAAAAAAAUUCCUCUAGGCAUUGGAAGACAAAAGUCAAAAUCAGAGAAUCGUGCUAGGAAAGCUUUUCGUACUAUUUCAUUUAUAUUAGGUGCAUUUGUAGCUUGUUGGACACCUUAUCAUAUAUUGGCUUUAGUUGAAGGAUUCUGUUCAGAUCCACCAUGUACCAAUGAACAUCUCUACAUGUUUUCAUAUUUUUUAUGUUAUGCAAAUAGUCCUAUGAAUCCAUUUUGUUAUGCAUUAGCAAAUCAGCAAUUUAAGAGAACUUUUACGAGAAUAUUAAAGGGUGAUUUACAUAUGACAUAAUUUAAUUUAGUUAAUAUUAAAAUUUUUUUGAAAAAUUAGAUUUAAUUUUAUUUUGCUAAUUUAAUUUUAGUUCGUUUUAUAUUUUUAGUAAGUAUUGCACGUUAAAACACUGACAAAAGAUCUCAGACAAUUGUCGCAAUUCUCAAUUCUAAAUUUUUUCUAAGUUU